GUGAGAAUUGCCGGCGGCAUUGCUUGCACGGAACCGACGGGUUAAUACACCCCUCGCUUCCCGCUGCCAAUCUACCUGGUAAAGUAGAUCUCUUGCGCCCCGCGCUCUGCCAUCCCAGACCCAGGUACCAUAGUAGGCCAGCGACAAUGUCUGCGGCUCCUCUCGGCGAGACCAUCAUCGGCGGCGCCGUUGACCCGGUAUCGGGCAAGGUGGUUUCAGCGCCACCACACCAGGAGGUCAACGAGAAGAUCCGCCUCAAUGCCGCCGAAGUAGAGGCUUCUGCAGACACCAAACACGGGAUCGACAGCAAGGAAGGGUACGGCAUUGAGGAGAUCCAGCCCGCCCCGCCCGUCUACGACAACGACAGCACCGACGAAAAGGACGACACCGAUGGAGACGAAAUCAUCAUCACGGGUACCGAUGCGUCGCGAUACCUGCUGUCGUUGCGCGACGACCGGGAGCCUUCUGCGACGUUCCGGAGUCUCUUCUUGGCUUCCUGUCUGUCGGCCUUCCAGGCCGUCAUGAAGCAGAUAUACCAGUUCAAGCCGACUUUAAUCACCAUCCAAGGAACCUUCAUCGUCCUCAUUGCCUACUUUGUCGGCAAUGCCUGGGCCGAGCUCCUUCCCCGUGGAGAUCGAAUCGAGGCUCGGUGGAGGGCAAGGGGCGGCGUGGGCAAGCCUCCGCGGUGGAUCAACAUCGUAUCCUUUUUCAACCACGGGCGCUGGAAUCUCAAAGAACACGCUAUUUGCGCCAUCACAGCGACGUCGGCCUCCAACGCCGCCGAGGGCAUCCAGGUGUUUGCCGCCCAAGACCUCUUCUACGACCUGCCCCUGAACGCCGCCACCGUCGUGCUGUGCGUCAUCUCGAUCGGCCUCUUCGGAUAUGGCGUCGCUGGAAUCAUGCGGCCCAUCGCCGUCUGGCACGUCGACGCCGUCUACUGGAGCACGCUCCCGACGGUCAAGACACUACAGGGCCUCCAUUGGCAGAGUGUAAAGGACAACAAGCCCAUCCGGUGGUUCUGGAUCGCCUUUGGCGGCAUGGCCUUUUAUGAGUUCUUCCCCGCCUACAUUUGGCCGUGGCUCAACUCGGUCUCCAUUCCCUGCCUGGCCGCGAUGCACGCCACCGGCAGCAAGGCAGCGGUCCUGACCAACCUCUUCGGCGGCGCCACCAAUAACGAGGGCCUUGGGCUUUUCAGUGUGUCGCUCGACUGGCAAUACAUAACCUCCUUUCAAACGGCUCUGCCUCUCAACCUGCAGAUCCACCAGGCCGUCGGCUUCUUUGUCUGCUUCAUCGUCAUGCUCGGCAUCUACUACGGCAACGGCUGGGGCGCCAAGUCGCAGCAGUUCAUGUCCACGCGACUCCGGACUGCCGAGGGCGCGCCGUACAUUGCCUCUACUGUCUUUGUCGACGGCGUGCUCGACGAACAGAAGCUCGCCGAGUACGGUAUCCCAAGACUGACUGGGACAUUUGCGUACUCGAUGUUUAUCGCCAAUGCUGCCAUCGGAGCGCUGAUUGCCCAUUGCAUUUUGUUCUGGGGCGGAGACAUUUUCCGGGCGUUCAAGAGCGCGAAGAACGGGAAGCACGAUGAUCGCCAUCACGAGUACAUGUCCAAGAAUUACAAGGAAGCACCGUGGUGGUGGUACGUCGCCAUCCUCGUCUUCAGCUUCGUCCUCGGCCUCAUUGCCGUCCUGAAGACAAACAUUACACUUCCCGCCUGGGCGUACAUUGUCUCGCUGCUGCUCGGCAUAGUCAUUGCACCCUUUAGCACCAUCCUCUACUCUCGGUAUGGCAACGGUAUCGCCACCAAUAACCUGUCCAAGAUGUUGGGCGGUCUGUUGAUGCCUGGGCGCCCAGUUGGCAACAUGUACUUUGCGGCAUGGUCGCAUAACAUGAUUGCGAACGCCGUGAACUUGUCCAAUGACCUGAAGAUGGGCGAAUACCUCAAAAUCCCCCCUCGCGUCAUGGUCCUCACUCAAGUCUAUGGCACGAUUCUGGGCGGGUUUGUCAACUACGGCGUGAUGAGCUCCAUCGUGGGCAGCAACCGCGCGCUCCUCCUCGACAGCGACGGAAACAGCUCCUGGAGCGGUGCGACUAUACAGUCGUACAACACCAACGCCGUGUCUUGGGCGCUGGCCAAAUACCUCUACAAGGCCGGCGAACUGUACGAGCUGGUGCCCUACGGCCUGCUCAUCGGCGCGGGCCUGGUCGCCAUCCACCGCCUCAUCACAUACUUUAUCCCCAAGGUCAGGGGCUUCUCGCUCAGCGAGAUCAACCUGCCGCAGUUCAUCCAGUACGCCGGGUACAUCCCGUACAACCAGUCGCAGACGUGCGUGCUCUUCAGCUGGGUCAUCGCGGGCUUCUACACGCAGUUCUACCUGCGCAACUACAAGCCGCGCAUCUUCAAGGACUACUCGUACCUCAUCGCCGGCGCCUUCGACGGCGCCAGCCUGACGGUGCUCUUCAUCCUGUCCUUUGCCGUCUUCGGCGCCGGCGGCCCCUCGGUCCCCUUCCCCAGGUGGUGGGGCAACAACGGCGUCGACGGUGACGCCAACUACGAUUUCUGCCCCGUCCCCGACACGUAGUCGCAGCGCGGCGCAGCUGGUGUGCUCGGUGGCUCUCUCUUGCGUUCAAGGCGGAAAUAAAACAAACCAAAAAAAGGGGGUCUCGCACGCGCCACGGGCCACUACUCGUUGCUAUGGCAUAUUGCUUGAUAUCUUCCAGUAGUGGUACCCCGUUGUGCCGUAGUGACCGGCCAUAUUCGUUCUGGGGGUGGCUACCUAGGCAGAUGGGCAGCCAUGCUCAUUUUGGCAAUGCGUUGGUGGUGGCCAUUGCUGCUGGGGCUUACGAGCUUGCACUUUCGGUCUAGACCUACUAAAUAAUAGUUG